AUGGAAGGCUGGUACACACAGCUCAAACGCAACACUUUAAAGGAAUUACUGGAGGUCCAUGGAAGGAGUGCCAGCAACAAAGCCAAGCGGGUCAUCAUUGCUGAAUUAAUGGAGCUGGACCGGGGGAACUUGGCUGCGGCAACAUCGACAGUUCGGGAAAAUGAAUCACCGACCAACAAGGAGAUUCGGGAAAGGCUGGCAUGGUUCAGGUUAAACCCAACCGCCGAAAUCAUCCUGCAGGUGAUGAACCUUGUAACAGAGGAGGCAAAACAAAAGGCACAGCUAGAGCUGCAGAUAAGGCUGGCUGAAACCCAGCGAACAGCA